AUGGCGAAAUUAACCAAGGAACGCACCUACCCGCUGAUGAGCCGCCGGGAGAUCGAGGCUCAGAUUGCUGACGGGAGGCACAUGGUUAUCGUGGACGGACAUGUUCUCAAGGUCGAUGCCUUUAUGCAGUUUCACCCUGGUGGUGACAAGGCGAUGAAGCACAUGGUGGGGAGGGAUGCUACGGAUGAGGUCAAUGGGCUUCAUUCCCCUGAGGCGAGGGCGAUGAUGAACAAGUAUCGCGUUGGAAGGAUCGAAGGAAGGUGGAAUAAUUUCUUGCCGCCUAUUCAAGGUGGUAAAUAUAGGAAACGGCUUGAGGAUGGGGCAAUGGAGGUGGAAGAGGAUGAUUCUGGACGGCUGUCGGCUCCGGCGGUGACGAUAACGGCAGACACACCGUCGAGCGAGCUGGAGUCUAGACCACCCUCGCCAGUGUUUGAUGUUGACGGUAGUGCUUUGCGGAAGAGACAGGUGAAGGAAUCAAUGGGGUCGAGUGCUGCGUCGAUAACCUCGGCAUCGUCGCUAGAGGAGUCUCAUGGUGAUGGGAGUCUACCUCUCGACGGCAUGGCCCACCUCGACAUCCUCACACGCAAGGAGAUCAAGCUUGACCUGGACAAAUACCCGGCUGUUGACCAGGAUACCCAAGAGGUCAUCGUCGAGAAGUACCGCAAGCUCCACGACCGCAUCAAGGCUGAUGGGUUGUAUGACUGCAACUAUUACGCCUACGCCAUCGAAUGCUCCCGGUACAUCACUUUUUUUGGCCUGAUGCUGCUGUUCCUCAAGUGGAAGUGGUACAUCCCCAGCGCUUUCUUCCUUGGUGUUUUCUGGCAUCAGCUUGUCUUUUCCGCCCAUGACGCCGGCCACAUGGGGAUUACGCACAAUUUUCAGGUUGAUACCAUUAUCGGGAUCAUCAUUGCGGAUUUCUUGGGAGGGCUGUCGUUGGGAUGGUGGAAACGCAGUCAUAACGUCCACCAUAUUGUGACAAAUUCGCCGGAGCACGACCCCGACAUCGAGCACAUGCCGUUUUUUGCUAUUUCCCACCGUUUUUUGGCGAGUCUGAGGUCGACGUACUACGAACGGAUCAUGCCGUACGAUGCUGCUGCCAAGUUCUUCAUUUCGAUGCAGCACAACUUGUAUUAUGUCAUCAUGCUCUUUGGGAGGUUCAACCUCUACCGGUUGUCGAUGGAGUAUCUGAUCCUCGGGCAGGGGCCGAAAAAGGGGGUGGCGGCCUGGCACCGCUGGUUCGAGUUUGCUGGACAGGUCUUUUUCUGGUAUUGGUUUGGGUACGAGCUGCUGUACAAGUCCGUCGAUGGCGGUUGGAACAGGUUCUGGUUCGUGAUGGUCAGCCACAUGGUGACUUGCCCGCUGCAUGUGCAGAUCACGCUGAGCCACUUCGCCAUGUCGACGGCUGAUUUGGGGGUGGAUGAGAGUUUCCCGCAAAAGAUGCUGCGGACGACGAUGGAUGUGGAUUGCCCGACCUGGCUGGACUUCUUUCACGGUGGUCUGCAGUUUCAGGCGAUUCACCAUUUGUUUCCGAGGAUUCCGAGGCAUAACCUGAGGAAGACGCAGAGGUUGGUGCAGGAGUUUUGCGAUGAGGUCGGGAUUCCGUAUGCGCUCUUUGGGUUUGUGGAUGGGAACAAGGAGGUGAUUGGGAGGUUGGGGGAGGUGGCGAGGCAGGCGGCUAUUUUGAAGAAGUGUCAGGGGGUUAUGAUUGGGGAGGGGAGGGUGGAGGGGCAUCAUCAUCAUCAUCAUCACUAA